CAUAUAAUUAAACUUCAUAUGGCAUAUAAUAUUUAUAUUAUAUACCAUAUUUUCAGUCUCGGACUCUCAAUGUCAUUCUCAGUCAUGGUCUCUCAUCAAGUCUUUCUUGUCUUUUGUCAUACUUUUUAACAACAAAUUUAAAGCACAGAUUAUAGAUGUUAAAUGUCAAGGAAAGAAAAAAAAACUAUUAGUUCUCAUGAUGGGAGACCACCACAAUUAACUUUAGGCGACUUUAUGUAUAUUAAAAAAUCAAACAAACAAUCUAUUGAUAGCAUACCAAAUGUACCAAAUAGUGCAUUGAAUAGUACAGACGCAGCUCAAUAUGAGAAUAUUGAAAAUUUUAAUGUAACAACUUCUACUGCAACUGUUAACGAGUGCAGUAGUGUUCUUAAUACAUGCAAGCUUUCUAAAGUUGUAGAUAGUCAUGUAAAAGUAAGUCAUGAAGAAAAUCAAUGCAGCUUUUUUGUUUGCCAAACAAAAAAAGGAGGAGCACCUAUAGAAGUUCAAAAACGUGCAAGCGGUAAAAAAGUAACUUUAAUUGAAAAUGUUUAUGGAGAUGCAAACAGUUUGCUAAAUGAUUUGAAAACAAAAUUUGGCACAGGUGGUCUAUGCCGUGCUAAUGUAAUUGAAUUGCAAGGAGAUUUUAAAGAUAAAGUUAUAAAAUACUUGACUGAAAAUAGAAGCUUAAGACCAUAUGGAAGCAAGAAAUAAUUUUUAAAAUACUUAAAUUUUUAUGUAUUUUUUUAUCUUAUAUGCAAAUAUUUAUUAUAUUGUUUAAAAAAUUAUUUAAUUUUCUAGUGUAUAUUUUUUAAUAUUAAAUGUAAAUUUUAUUACUCACAGUCUAGUCUAGUUUUAUUUGGUAUAAAAAUGUUCUCCCAUACUUAAUUCUCAUUCAAUUACAAUACAAACAAAUCACUCAAUUACAAUAAAAAUAAAUCAUUAAAUAAAUUUAAAGUUUAAUUACUACUACAAAUUACAUAUUUAGUUGCCUCUACUACAAGUAAUUUUGAUAAACUAUAGAGAUAACAGAGACAGAGCAAGAAGUAUGGUAAACAAUAACGACAACAGUGACAGUACUUAGCAAAAUAAGUGUUAACAAAAGCGGCAGUUAUAAUAUGACAUUUUUUAUGAU